AUGGGACCCCUGUGCCACCCUCGGCCCGCCGCGGCCGCCCCCGGGCGCAGCCCGCGGCAGGCAGCGGACGGCGCGGCGCUGCCCGGCUCCCCGCUGCUGCUCCUCUGCCUUCUCCUCGCUUCCUCCGUUUCUGCUUGCAGAGGUGCACCAAUGCCAUCCCAAGCACUCACAUCAGAUGAGGAUAUGCAGCUGUUGAAAGAGAUAGAUGAUGCAUGUUCUGCUUACCUGUCCACAGAUUCUCAGCCUCAGGUAUCCAGUACACUGGAAGAACUUUGUUUUUUGAUCAUGGGAUUUCUCCAGAAACCACAGGAUUUAGAUGAGAAAGACAACACCAAAAGGUUCUUAUUUCAUUAUUCUAAGACUCAUGACUCGGGCAACUCAGACGUCAUGUCAUCUGUCCUGCAUCCUUUACUGCAACUCGUUCCUCACCUUAAUGAGAGAAGACUGAAGAGAUACAAACUGGACGAAGAACUCCAAGGACCUGGAGGGAUUCAAAGCAGAGGCUACUUCUUCUACAGGCCACGUAAUGGAAGGAGAUCAGUGGAUUUCCGCUAAGGAGGAUUAUAGAUUCCUGAUUUAGAACUAAAACUGCAGGAAUGCUGAGUACAUGGACAUACUGUUUUCCUUACAGUAAUUAUUUGUCAUUAAUGUACAAUUAGAAAUCACUCAAAUGUAAAUAUUCUUAAACCAGAUUAUGUUAAGAAGGUCUUUACUAUCUUGAUUAUAUUAAAAGCAUAUUAAAAUUAUUUGUUUCCUAGUGUUAUGAUGUUUGCAACCACAUGUAAUUCAACUGUAAAAGAGUCAUUGCUUGCUAGCAACAGACAUUGCCUCUGUUAAGUAAAUUUUCCCUUCUAAAUAAAGGCCCUCAGCCAGACAGUUGUUUUAAUGAGAA